UCGGUGGUGACGCUCGGCUCUGUUUGAUCGGCUCGUCCCCCGAGGAUGCCGUCCAGUUGAGAGUCAAGAUGACUGUCCUCCUGCUGCUGUUUGUCGUCUGCGUGGCGUCGGGCGUGCUGCCACAGGCUCCGCCCACGCCGACGUCACAGUCGUCAUCAACUGUGACGUCACUAUCAAAUCCUGACGUCAGCUCCAAGAUGGCGUCGCCACGUGCCGCCCCGUCGCCGGAGGGCCGGCUGCCUCUGCAGGGCGAGCAGGAGCAGCCCGGCGCCCCCAGCAACACGGCCGUCGGACCCAUGAGCUUCGCCAAGAUGGCGACCGAGGACAGCGUGCUGUGCAUGGACGAUGAGUGCUUCGCGGCGCUCCUGGCGCAGAUGCUGCGAGGUCGCGGCGCGGAUGCCCUCGACGGCGACGAGGCCGAGAUUCCUGGAGGAAGGCGUGCUGCCCGAGGCAGUGAGGCGCCUGUUCGCCGACUACGUCCAACGCGUGACCGUCGAAGACCCUGUCACGGGUCGCCUGGGUAUUCGGAGGCGGAGGGCCAGGGCACGGUGGAGGAGCCGGUCUCGGCGGAGGAGCCAGCUUCAGCGGAGGAUGUGGACAACUACAGCCACAUCGGAGACUCCGGUAUCCACGGGACCGGACCGGACGCGCCGUUCCACGCGGUCUCGCCACCGCCGCAACAUCAGCUGUGUGAAGACGGCUGCGGGCAGGACAUGGUGGACGAGAUCGAGACGUUCUUCAGCAAGAACGACCCGUUCCGUGAUGUGGCCAGUCUGAAGGACGAGGAGAUCCGCCUGGAUGAGCCCCCUAGCUACCAGCACGUGCACCUGGGUCCGACCCAGACGAGCCUGGGCCCCGGCCCGCCGCUGGUCGGCCUGUUCGAGGGCCUCGACUACCUGCCCGACAUCCCUGACCCCGACGUCCUGGAGGCAGAGUACGCACAGGCUGUGGGCCAGGGGUAUCAGCAGGAGGGCCAAGGCUACCAGCAGGAGGAUCAGGGAUACCAGCCGGAGGGUCAGGGCUACCAGCAGGAGGGCCAGGGCUACCAGCAGGAGGGUCAGGGAUACCAGCAGGAGGGUCAGGGCUACCAGCCAGAGGGUCAGGGCUACCCGCAGGAAGGCUUCAGGGACGGCGGAGGUCACGGGGGUGGGGGUCAUGGAGGAGGUGGUCACGGAGGAGGUGGUCAUGGAGGAGGUGGCCAUGGAGGAGGUGGCUAUGGAGGGGAAGGAGGGGGUUAUGAACAAGGAUCCAGUUAUACCACACACACGCAUAGCAACGGCCCAAGUAUUGGCGACUAUGAGCCUCCGAAACCCAGCUAUUCGCCGCCUGGGAAGGGUUACUCCCCUCCUAAACCUUCCUAUGGGCCAACCGAGCCCAGCUACGGACCUCCUAAGCCAAGCUACGGUCCUCCCCAACAUGGAUAUGAGCCACCAAAACCAAGCUAUGGUCCCCCUCAAAAGGGGUAUGAACCACCCAAACCUAGCUACGGUCCACCUCAGAAGGGAUAUGAACCACCCAAACCUAGCUACGGUCCACCUCAGAAGGGGUAUGAACCACCCAAACCUAGCUACGGUCCACCUCAGAAGGGAUAUGAACCACCCAAAUCUAGCUACGGUCCACCUCAAAAGGGGUAUGAACCACCCAAACCUAGCUAUGGUCCACCUCAAAAGGGUUAUGAACCACCCAAACCUAGCUACGGCCCCCCUCAGAAGGGGUAUGAACCACCGAAAUCGAGCUAUGGUCCUCCACCACAAAGCUACGGUCCACCCCAGCAAAGUUACGGGCCACCUCCCCAGAAGGGCUACGGGCCACCUCCCCACCAAAGUUAUGGACCGCCGCCACAAAAGGGUUACGGGCCGCCGCCCCAAAAAGGAUACGGGCCGCCGCCCCCAAAAGGCUAUGGGCCGCCUCCUCAAAAGGGGUAUGGCCCUCCGCCCCAUAAGGGCUAUGGGCCGCCGCCACAAAAGGGCUAUGGGCCGCCGCCACAAAAGGGCUACGGCCCCCCACCGAAACCAAGCUACGGGCCACCCCAGCAAAGCUACGGUCCCCCACCUCAGAAAGGCUACGGGCCCCCUCCUCAAUAUGGUUACGGUUACGGGCGGAGCACCAUUCCAUACCAUCCCCCAUUUGGACCCCAUCCCCAUCCCCAUUUCUUCCGGCCGAGGCCGCCGCCUCGUCCGUUACACCACAUCCACCGGCGACAAGACGGUGGCAUAGAAGACGGGCCAGAUCCUUCACGUACCGGUGAAGGUCACGACACGGUCACCGUGACACCGCACAAGGUCGAAGUCAAGAUCGUCAAGGAUAAGUCGGGGACGGAAACACAGCACGUACGCUUAUACACAAAGGACGCGGCUGGCUAGCGGAGAGCUUGUGGCGGUGUUGGAGCGUGACGUGCGAUCGGUGUGAUGUGUUUAGGUCAUUGUUAUGAUUGUUACGGUGUUGGUUGAAAGACGGAUGUGCAGCCGUUUGCUAUUCAGCUGUGUUGGUGCCAAUUUCGUUCGGAUGAUAUUACGCGCAUGCGUAGAGCAGGCUGACCCGCCUGCGUUUUGUUUUUGUUAACCUCGUUUGUGGGUGCAGGUAGAUGCUUGUGUUGGGCGGGGUGCAGUAGAGCCGGCGCCACAAAACAGACUCUCCGUCAAGCCGUGCUGCCCCUGCCUGCGUUUCGUCCUGAUGAUAAGUGACACCAGUCCGUUGGGCAACACAGUCACUCAAACUACUGUCGUCGUCGAAUCCCUCAUCACUUGUCUCUCGUGUUUCGGAGGGUGACGGUCGUCGAAUCUUUUGAUCGAUCAACAUUACUAUUAAGAAUUUGAUUACAA